UCUUUGUUUAACGAGAAAAAGUUAAAAUGAUUGAGAAAUAAAUAUUUGAGAAAUAUGUCAUGUAAGAUACAUACAGUACAAUGUACAAUAACAGACCACAAGCAGCACAGAGGAACAUCUGGCCUCCUCAGAUGUGUCUGCUUUAGACUUUAAAUACUUCCUGCGUAGUUUCUGUGAAAACAGUGAAGCGUGUAGAUGGAUUUGUCAGGAUUCAGGACAGGAACUGAAGCUGUUUCCUGUAAACUGAUGAACUGAUGUGUGUUCAGAUGGAGGCAGAGAUUCAGCAGAUCCUGGUCCAGGUGUCGGAGCUGCAGCGCCGAAGGCUGCAGUCACAGUCUGUGGUCAGGCUGCUGGAUGUGGAGAAAGAGGAGGAGCAGGAGGAAGCCCCUCCACCCCCGAGGACCCUUCAAGCCCUCUGCUCCAUCCCCCGGAGGCUGGCCAUCUCUGCGGGGCUCGGGGGAACGCCGGUCACCCCCCAACUGAUCGAGAGCCUGAGGAGGAUUCUUCUGGGUGGAAACUUUCGUGUCUUCGACUACGAGUGGAGGAAAGCCGUCUUCCACUUCAGGGAACCAAACUCCGAGUUAGCGUACGCUCUGAAGGCUGACGGGGGCGGGGCUCGGGCCAUUCAGAUGGUCGUCCAGGCUCGCAUCAUUAAGCACCUGCUGUUCGCCCGACAGAGCGCCUCAGACGGACAGACGCUGCACAGUCUGACAGAGGUAGGACGGCGGGAGCAGGACAGAGCAUUGGCGGCCGCCCUGAGCGACAGCCUCUGGUUGGCCGGCCAGGAGGCGAGCGCGACUGUCACCUUGCUGCAGCUCUUCACGUUCAGCGAGAAGGACGCCGUCACCAACUUCAUCCUCGACCACAUCCAGUGUUUUCAGGAGGAGGGCAGUCAUGGCGUCAUCCUUUUCCUCUACAGCCUCGUCUGCUCCCGUACCAUCGACAGGCUGAGGCAGGACCUGGACUCUCCUACGUCAUACCUGCUGCAGCUCAGCCCGGGCAGCUCUGUCUGUCGGCAGGCUCUGCUGAACCUGCUGCUGACCGGCAGAGCCAGCCCGCACCUCUUCAACGGGAUGCGGCACCUCGGGCAGGACGGCCUGCCUCUGCAGCGCCCCCUGCAGGGCGUCCUGUCCCGCAGCGAUGUAGGAUAUCUGCGCUGGAGUCGAGAGGAGAUGGAGCGCGGCGCGCUGCCGCAGGUGGGCAGCAUGCUGAAGACCCCCCGGUUCCCGGUGUGGGUUUGCAGCAUCAACAGCAGCUGCUCGGUCUUGUUCAGCGCCACGCGCUCGCUGCUGUCAGACUGGAGGGCGGAGCAUCUGUUCCAGCUGUACUACUACAGCGGGCAGAGCUCGCAGACGGCGACGGCCAGGCUGACAGUCGGUGAGCGCUGCGGUCACACGUCUGCAGGUCUGAUCCCUCUCGUGCUUCAUCCACCAUCUGCUUCCUGUACAGAUACUCACUCCCACCACUGGGAGGCGUCGCCCGGAGAUGCAGAAGGAGAUCCAGAGAAACGGUUUCCCUCACUGGAGAUGACCAUCAGGACCAAGUGGGACGGCGCUGUGAUCGCGUGGAACGGCACCUCCCCCUUCUACUGAGCAUCAGCACGGUCUGCGGUCGUCUCAGCACUCGACUGUUUUUACCAUCACAGGAAACCAGAUGUUAAAAGUCCCGUUACGAACCUCACGUCUUCAGUGACCACUGAUGAUUCAGACCCGAGGUGUUGGCGAGGUCACCGUGGUCACUGACGAAUCAGCGAACACAGCCGGGCACAAAAACAGAGCGAGGUGAAAUGACUCAAGACUCCCGUGUGUUUGCAUUCCCACGUUAUUCCCUGCUGUCCUCGUCUCCGUCAUCAGACCCCGACGACUUCCUGUUCUCGUCUCCAUGUUUCUGGGUGAAGCUGACGCUCUGUAGCAGCGUCACGUCUGCCCAACGUUUAACCUUUGAACUGAACUGAUGUCUUUGAUGUUUCAGUCUCAUGUCCUCAUCUGUAGCUGAAAGUCUUCUGUUCCUUUGAAGCACAGAAAUAAAUCUGAUGU